ACACUAGGACCUCUCCGCUCUGGCAUCAAGCGCGUCAGCCAUGUUGAACCAUCCGAGCCCCGGGCCCGUGCGAGGCAUCUAGAGAACCAGCGAGAGCUGCAGCGUGCGGGACCUGACGCGCGGCGAGCGCUGGACAGCCCUAGUUUCAUAUGGCCUCGCCCCAGCCCCGCAAGCGGGCGCGCAUCACGCGCGCGGCGCGCCGCGCGGCGACCUUUGAGCUGCUGGGCGACGGCACGGCAAGAAUAGCCCUCCCCGUCGACGACGCGCGCAAGAGUGCGGUCCUCGCGACCGCGUCGGGCGAGUUUCGCUGCGGCGGCCAGAACCAGGCGUCGUUGGAGGCGAUAAAAAGGUUCCUGGCGGCGUGCGAUGACGGCGGUGAGGUGGCGUCGUCGCCGCUGUCCCGGGCCGACGCGGACGUGGCCCUGCGGUGCUGCGAAGCGGGUGCUACGCUCGAGUUACCUUCACUCGUAAAGCUCGGCGUGGCGCGCCUGCGGUCUGUGAGAGGCGCGACGUCGCCGCCGACGGGGCGACGACGCUUGGCGCGGAACAUCCAGGAGAGCGACAACUCGCGGUUGAUCGACACGCGCGCCUCGGCGUUUUACUGGAACUUCACACUUCGCGUCGAUGGCGCCUUGAUGAUCGCAUGAGAGUCCCCGCGUCGCGUGAGUGACCGGAGGCAGUUUCGCGACGGCAUCCGUGCCACACACGAGCGCGCGGCGCGGCGCGGCGCGGCGCGUGCCGGCCGCCCGAGGCACCCGCAGCUCGGCCGCACCGCGCCGCGCCUCUGCAAGCCGCGCGCCAUUUCCGUGGCGCCGCGAGUGUUCAGAGAGAGCUACGCGUGAAUGGCGUCGUGGCGUUGGACAGACACGGAGACAGACGCGAGAGACACAUAGAGACAAAGACACAAAAAAAACACACACACAGGGCGAACGCGCCGAUCUUCGGCAUCGACCGCGACGGGCGCGUCGACGUCUGGAACCAGUGCGCCGCGCGCCUGACGGGCUUCGGGGGCGAGGAGGUCGCGGGGAAGCGGCUGGUCGAGGAGUACAUCACGGACGAUUAUAAAGCAAGGGUGCAGGAGGUCUUCACGAAAGCUUUAGCGGGCGAGGAGACGGCGAACUUCGAGUUCCCGCUCGUCACCAAGGGCGGCGUCGUGCUGCAGAUUUUGUUGAACGCGACGACGCGCCGCGACGACCGCGGGCGCGUCGUCGGCGUCGUCGGCAUCGGCCAGGACAUCACGGCGCGCAUGAACCAGGAGCAGGAGUACGCGCGCCUCAUCGACGCGGCGAAUGCGCCCAUCUUCGGCAUCGACGUCGAGGGCCGCGUGAACGUCUGGAACCAGUGCGCUAUUCGGUUAACGGGCUUCGACGCCGGCGACGUCAUGGGCCAGCACCUCGUCGACGACUUCAUCACGGAGGACUACAAGGAGCGGGUCCAGGACGUGUUCACGAAGGCGCUGAACGGCGAGGAGACGGCGAACUUUGAGUUUCCCCUGGUGACGAAACCGGGCACGCGCGUCGAGGUCCUGCUCAACGCCACGACGCGCCGCGACGAGAAGAAUAGGGUCAUCGGCGUCGUGGGCAUCGGCCAGGACAUUACCGCUCGUAUAAAUCAGGAGCAGGAGUACGCCCGUUUGAUCGACGCGGCGAACGCGCCGAUCUUCGGCAUCGACGUCGAGGGCAGCGUGAACGUCUGGAACCAGUGCGCGAUCCGCCUGACGGGCUUCGACGCCGGCGACGUCAUGGGCAAGCACCUCGUGAACGAGUUCAUCACGGACGACUACAAGGACUCGGUGCAGGGCGUGUUCACGAAGGCGCUGAACGGCGAGGAGACGGCGAAUUUCGAGUUUCCUCUGGUGACGAAUCGUGUGGAAACCAAAACUUCGGCGCCCCACGCCAUUCGCUUCGUCUGCUCGAUGGCGCGGAGGUGGACGACGCACUAGUAGGACUUCCCUGGCUCACUGGUCGAGUUCCACACAGGUGACCAAGGCCGGCACGCGCGUGCAAGUGCUGCUCAAUGCCACUACUCGAAGGGACGAGAAGAACACGGUCAUCGGCGUCGUCGGUAUCGGCCAGGACAUUACGGCCCGUAUGGCGCAGGAGCAGGAGUACGCGCGCCUCAUCGAUACCGCGAACGCGCCGAUCUUCGGCAUCGGCGUGCACGGCCGCGUCAACGUCUGGAACAAAUCCGCCACGAACCUCACGGGCUUCACGAGCGAGGACGUGAUGGGCCGACAUUUGGUGAACGAAUUCAUUACGGAAGAUUACAAGGAGCGCGUCCAGGAGGUCUUCAGAAACGCACUGAAUGGCGUCGAGACGGCGAACUUUGAGUUUCCCCUGGUGACGAAAAUGGGGACACGCGUCGAGGUGCUGCUGAACGCCACUACUCGCAGAGACGAGCAGAAACACGUCGUCGGCGUCGUGGGCAUCGGCCAGGACAUUACGGCCCGUAUAGCGAAAGAGCAAGAGUACUCCCGUUUGAUCGAUACGGCGAACGCGCCCAUUUUCGGCAUUGACCUCAACGGCCUCGUGAACGUGUGGAACCGCAACGCGUCAAAGCUCACGGGCUUUGCGAGCGAGGAGGUGAUGGGCCGGAACCUUGUGAACGAAUUCAUUACGGAGGAUUACAAGGAGCGCGUGCAGGACGUCUUUAACAAGGCCUUGAACAACGAAGAAACGGCGAACUUUGAGUUUCCUCUAGUAACAAAAGCGGGCGUCCGCGUCGAGGUGCUGCUGAACGCCACGACCAGAAGAGACGAGCAGAACCGCAUCAGUGGUGUGGUCGGCAUCGGCCAGGAUAUCACGGCACGCAUGAACCAGGAGCAAGAGUACGCGCGCCUCAUUGACGCGGCGAACGCGCCGAUCUUCGGCAUCGACGUCGAGGGCAGCGUGAACGUCUGGAACCAGUGCGCUAUUCGGUUAACGGGCUUCGACGCCGGCGACGUCAUGGGCAAGCAUCUCGUGAACGAAUUCAUCACGGACGACUACAAGACCUCGGUGCAAGGCGUGUUUACGAAGGCGCUCGAGGGCCGCGAGACGGCGAAUUUCGAGUUUCCUCUAGUAACAAAAGCGGGCACGCGCGUGCAAGUGCUGCUCAACGCCACGACGCGCCGCGACGAGAAGAAUAGGGUCAUCGGCGUCGUCGGCAUCGGCCAGGACAUUACGGCCCGUAUGGCGCAGGAGCAGGAGUAUUCAAAGCUGAUCGACACGGCGAACGCUCCGAUCUUCGGCAUUGACUUGAAAGGUCUCGUGAACGUGUGGAACAAAAACGCCAGCGAUGUGACCGGCUUCACGAGCGAGGACGUGAUGGGGAGGCACCUCGUGAACGAAUUCAUUACGGAGGACCACAAGGAACGUGUCCAGGAGGUCUUCACGAAGGCGCUAGACGGUCAGGAGGCGGCCAAUUUCGAGUUCCCGAUUGUAACCAAGGCCGGUACGCGCGUCGAGGUGCUGUUGAACGCCACUACUCGCAGAGACGAGUCGAACCACGUCAUCGGCGUCGUGGGCAUCGGCCAGGACAUUACGGCCCGUAUAGCGAAAGAGCAAGAGUACUCCCGUUUGAUCGAUACGGCGAACGCGCCCAUUUUCGGCAUUGACCUGAACGGUCUCGUGAACGUGUGGAACCGCAAUGCGUCCAAGCUCACGGGCUUUGCGAGCGAGGAGGUGAUGGGCCGGAACCUUGUGAACGAAUUCAUUACGGAGGACUACAAAGAGCGCGUCCAGGACGUCUUCACAAAGGCGCUGAACUGCGAAGAAACGGCGAACUUUGAGUUCCCGUUGGUGACCAAAGCGGGCGUCCGCGUCGAGGUGUUGCUGAACGCCACUACUAGAAGAGACGAGCAGAACCGCAUCAGUGGCGUGGUCGGCAUCGGCCAGGAUAUCACGGCGCGUAUGAACCAGGAGCAGGAGUACGCGCGCCUCAUUGACGCGGCGAACGCGCCCAUCUUCGGCAUCGACGUCGAGGGCAGCGUGAACGUCUGGAACCAGUGCGCUAUUCGGUUAACGGGCUUCGACGCCGGCGACGUCAUG